AUGCAAUCAACAAUCGAAUGGACAAAAACUAAUCGUGGUGCAACUGCAUUUAUAUAUCAAAAUCAAAAAUAUAGAAAAAGAUGUACAAAUAAAGACGGUUCAGAAAUAUGGAUUUGUUGCAACAAAUCUUGUGGAGUAUCAAUGGUUUUAUUCAAUGGUGUUAUAAAACGAUAUCCACAACAACAUUCACAUAACGAGCUUCAACAUACACCUGACGUUAGAGCUGUAUUAGAAAAAAUAUAUACGGAAACUACCACCGAUUUAUUAAAACCAGUAACCGAAAUUUAUCGACAACAUUUAGUUCAAUAUAAAAGAAAAAAAGGUACAGCAGAAGAUAUUCUUGUUUUCAAUUAUAUAAGAUCAACAGCCUAUCGUCGUUGUUCAUGUGUUCUACCACCAAUUCCGAAAAGUUUAGAAGACAUCAUCAUACCCGAUAGUUUAAAAUUCUUAGAAAAUGGUGACCAGUUUGUAAUAUUUGACAAUCCGGCACCACAUCGUCUAAUAACAUUAUGUUCUCCACAGGCAUUGGUUUCACUUGGUUUCAUUCCAUCAUUUCGUGAUACAGAAGCUAGACGAGAUUUAGCUAAUUUAUUUUGUUUACCUUUGAUACCUAUCGAAUAUGUAUUUAGCAUUUAUGAAAACAUUGCAUCACAAUUAGUUUUAAAAAUAGCCGAUAUUGAGAAGCUUUUACAAUAUUUUUCAAACACGUAUCUAUAUGGAACGAUAUUUCCACCUCCACGAUGGAAUCAUUUUUCUUUUAUCGGAUUUACGAAUCGAACAACUAAUGCCAUUGAAGGCUUUCAUCGAGCAAUAAAUACACGUAGUACACCACAUCCAAACAUUUGGAAACACAUAUUAUUGAAACGUGAAUUAGAUGAACAAACAAUGAUAUCGAUAUCUCAAGAAAUAAAACAGAAACGUCCUACAAAAACUAAGCGUAAAUGUUAUCGUGACUAUGAUAACCGUUUGAUUGAAGCAAAAGAAUUGUUAAUUAAUAGAGUGAUUGAUUUAUUAGAAUAUCAACGACGAGUUCGAGCAUUUUCAUAUAGAUAUAUACAAUAUCAUGAAGAAAAUGAAGAUGAUAGUGAUCGUGAUAAUGAUGUAUAG